CUAUUAUAAAUCAAGAGAGCGGUGCAUUGAACACAUGUGCCAUCACGGCAAUUUCUGCUUUAAAUAGUUUGGUUUACGAAUAAUAAGAAAUGACAUCUAAAAGGCAACUGGAUCGCGCUGAUGUUUGCCGGGUGCCGGAAAAUAUUAACUUUCCUGGCGAAGAGGAGAACGUGCUGAAGCAAUGGCGUGACGCAAAAGUUUUCGAGCGGUGCAGUCAAUUGUCAAAGGGAAAGCCCAAAUAUACUUUUUACGAUGGACCGCCGUUUGCUACUGGAUUGCCGCAUUAUGGACACAUUCUGGCUGGCACCAUUAAGGACAUUGUAACGCGUUAUGCCUAUCAGCAAGGCUAUCAUGUGGAUCGCCGUUUCGGCUGGGAUUGUCAUGGACUGCCCGUCGAAUUUGAGAUUGAUAAGCUGCUUAACAUCAAGGGCCCGGAGGAUGUUGCCAAGAUGGGCAUUACGGCGUACAAUGCAGAGUGCCGAAAGAUUGUCAUGCGCUAUGCGGAUGAAUGGGAGAACGUUGUGACACGUGUUGGUCGCUGGAUUGAUUUCAAAAACGAUUACAAGACGCUGUAUCCCUGGUACAUGGAAUCCAUCUGGUGGAUAUUUAAGCAGCUCUUCGACAAGGGCUUGGUGUAUCAAGGUGUCAAGGUUAUGCCCUACUCUACGGCCUGCACUACCUCGCUGUCCAACUUCGAGGCUAAUCAGAACUACAAGGAAGUUGUAGAUCCCUGCGUGGUAAUUGCACUGGAAGCUGUUACGCUGCCCAACACCUACUUCCUGGUCUGGACCACCACACCCUGGACGCUGCCGUCAAAUUUUGCCUGCUGUGUGCAUCCAACAAUGACUUAUGUUAAAGUGCGUGAUGUGAAGAGUGAUCGUUUAUACAUUCUUGCCGAGUCCCGCUUGUCCUAUGUCUUUAAGACUGAAGCGGAUUACGAAGUGAAGGAGAAGUUUGCCGGUCAGACUAUCAAGGGCUUGCACUACAAACCGCUGUUCCCAUACUUUGCUCAACGUGGUGCCGAAGUCAAGGCGUUCCGUGUGCUUGUGGAUGAGUAUGUUACCGAGGACUCUGGUACUGGCAUUGUACACAAUGCGCCUUACUUUGGCGAGGACGAUUACCGCGUAUGCCUUGCCGCAGGUCUCAUUACCAAGUCCAGCGAUGUCAUUUGCCCUGUGGACGAUUCGGGCAGAUUCACUGCCGUAGUGACCGAUUUCCAGGGUCAAUAUGUAAAGGAUGCAGAUAAGAAUAUAAUGGCCAACUUGAAGGCGAGUGGUAAUUUGGUGUCCAGUGGACAAGUGAAGCAUAGCUAUCCUUUCUGCUGGCGCUCAGAUACGCCGCUGAUCUACAAAGCGGUGCCUUCAUGGUUCGUGCGUGUGGAGCACAUGUCAAAGAAUCUGUUGGCCUGCAGCUCUCAAACUUACUGGGUGCCAGACUUUGUCAAGGAGAAGCGCUUUGGCAACUGGCUAAAAGAUGCCAGAGAUUGGGCUAUCUCGCGUAACCGCUAUUGGGGUACGCCCAUACCUAUUUGGCGUUCUCCAAAUGGCGAUGAAACCGUUGUUAUUGGCAGCAUUAAGCAACUGGCAGAGCUUUCAGGCGUAACUGUGGAGGAUCUACAUCGCGAGACCGUGGACAACAUUGAGAUACCAUCGGCAAUUCCUGGCAAUCCACCAUUGCGUCGCAUUGCGCCCGUGUUUGAUUGCUGGUUCGAGUCCGGCUCUAUGCCUUUUGCUCAGCAGCAUUUCCCUUUCGAGAACGAGAAGGACUUUAUGAACAACUUCCCAGCGGAUUUCAUUGCUGAGGGCAUUGAUCAGACACGUGGCUGGUUCUACACGCUGCUGGUCAUUUCAACAGCUUUGUUCAACAAGGCGCCGUUUAAGAAUCUGAUUGCAAGCGGUUUGGUACUUGCCGCCGACGGCCAGAAGAUGUCAAAGCGCAAGAAGAACUACCCCGAUCCCAUGGAAGUGGUGCACAAAUAUGGCGCGGAUGCAUUGCGUCUAUAUCUGAUCAACUCGCCUGUUGUGCGCGCUGAGAGCUUGCGCUUCAAGGAGGAGGGAGUGCGCGAUGUCAUCAAGGAUGUCUUCCUGCCUUGGUACAAUGCCUAUCGCUUCUUGCUGCAGAACAUCGUACGCUAUGAGAAGGAGGAUCUCAAUGGCAAGGGACAGUACACUUAUGACCGUGCGCGUCAUUUGCAAAACAUGGAGAGCGCAUCUGUUAUCGAUGUGUGGAUCCUGUCCUUCAAGGAGUCGCUGCUGGAGUUCUUUGCCACCGAAAUGAAAAUGUAUCGUCUGUAUACAGUUGUGCCCAGACUAACCAAGUUUAUUGACCAGUUGACCAAUUGGUACGUGCGUCUGAAUCGCCGUCGCAUCAAGGGUGAAAUGGGCGCCCAGCAGUGCAUACAGUCGUUGGACACGCUCUACGAUGUGCUUUACACAAUGGUUCAGAUGAUGGCGCCUUUUACGCCUUAUCUCACAGAAUACAUAUUCCAGCGCCUGGUGCUGUUCCAGCCUGCUGAUACGCUAGAGAAUCCCGAAUCCGUGCACUACCAAAUGAUGCCAACGAGCCAGCGUAAAUUCAUUCGCAGCGACAUUGAGCGCUCUGUGGCUUUGAUGCAGUCCGUUGUGGAACUCGGCAGAGUUAUGCGCGAUCGUCGCACGCUGCCCGUUAAGUAUCCCGUUUCGGAGAUUAUUGUCAUUCACAAGGACCAGCAAACGCUGGAGGAGAUCAAGGGUCUGCAAGACUUUAUUCUAGGCGAGCUUAAUGUGCGCAAACUGACGCUGAGCUCGGAUAAGGAGAAGUAUGGCGUUACUCUGCGCGCUGAACCAGAUCACAAGACAUUGGGUCAGCGUCUGAAGGGCAACUUCAAGGCUGUCAUGGCUGCCAUUAAAGCGCUCAAGGAUGAGGAGAUUCAGAAGCAGGUGGCGCAGGGAUACUUUAACAUUUUGGAUCAGCGCAUUGAACUGGAUGAAGUGCGCGUCAUUUACUGCACUUCAGACAAAGUGGGCGGCAACUUUGAAGCGCACAGCGACAACGAAGUGCUGGUGCUUAUGGAUAUGACGCCUAAUGAGGAAUUGCUCGAGGAGGGCUUGGCGCGUGAGGUCAUCAACCGUGUACAAAAGCUGAAGAAGAAGGCGCAGCUGAUACCCACAGAUCCUGUCCUUAUCUAUUACGACUUUAACAGCAAUAAGGCUGGCAAGAAGGAAGCUCAGGAUACGCAGGCUCAGUUGCAAAAGGUCAUGAACAACUAUACAGCCAUGAUUAAAACCGCUGUGAAGUCAGAUUUCUUACCGUUUGAUCAGAAGAAGGCAGCCUCAAGACGCCUCAUCAUUAGUGAACUUGUGGACCUUAAGGGCGUGCAGUUAAACUUAACCAUUUGCUCCUUGGAGGAGAUGCAAUUGCCAAAUGUUGCUUGGCUGAAUGUAACACUUGCCAGCGACCUCGAACCACGUUAUACCAACAGCAAGCAGGCCUCCAUGCUGCUGCAGCACAAUAGCUCCAAGCAGUUCAUCACUUUGCCAGCGCUGCGUAGCGAGCUGGAGCUGCUCUUUGGCCUGUAUGGCAUUAGCUAUAACAUUUAUGUGGUGGAUCAGCAGCAGAAAGUCAACGAACUGGCAACCAUUGAUAAGAGUCUCAAUGGCAAGUUGCUGGUGCUGACUCGCAGUCCUGAUGCUAUCAAGCAGGCCCAACCUUUCGAUGUCAAGCCAGCGCCUUAUUCAAAAUUCGUUAAUCAGUCUUCAGGCUGCACUGUGUUUACUGAGAAUCCCACAGGACACAGCCUGAUGUAACUACAUCAAGCAUGGAUUGGCUGUCAAGGUGCUUAAUAUUUAUUUUUGCCACGUUAUGUGAAACCUUAAAACGGACUUCUAAAUGCUAAUUUGUAAUUCAAUUGCCGAUUUGCAAAUAA